AUGUUACGAUCGAGAUUUCUAUUAAUACUGUUCACUAUUAAAAUAAUUUUAUGUGUACAAGGACAAGUACAAGAUGAUGAAGAAUUUAGUUAUAUGGUUGGACUAUCUGAACCAUUGCGAAGUACACUUGAAUGGAAUUAUUAUGAAAAUGAUGCAACACGAUUAAUUUUUCGAUGGAAUAUUACAUUAUUGAAUAAUUAUGGUGGUAUACUUGCAUUUUCAAAUUAUGAUUUAAAUACGAAUAAUUUAGAUGUUAUCAUAUUAAGUAAUGAUGAAAAAAUUUAUAAUGCUUAUACAGAUGAAAAUAGUUUAUUAUUUAUACCAAAGAAUCGUGUUAAAUUAAGUUAUACUAUAUUACAUAGUGGAUAUAUUAAAAAUAAAAAAGAAAAAGAAUAUUCAAUACAAAUUAUUCGACCAAUUGAUACAUGUGAUAAAGAAAAACGAAAUUAUAUUAUUGAUAGUGGUACAACUCAUUUAUUAACUGGAUUAAUUACAUAUGAAGAUUUUCAAAAACUUAAACAAAAUCAAUUAAUAAAAAUUGAUAUUGAACAAAUGAAUUUAACAUUACAACGUGUUCAAUUACUUAAAACUCGAGUUAAAUUUAGGCAAAUACCUGAUGAAGAUCCACAUAUUGAUUUUUUAAAUCAAGAUGUAACUAUACCAAAUGUUGAAACAACUUAUUGGUGUACACGUUUUAAAUUACCAUCAAAUAUUGUAGAAAAACCUCAUCAUAUAAUUCGUUUUGAUGGUGUUAUAUCACCACAAAGUAAUGGUAUUGUACAUCAUAUGGAAUUAUUUCAUUGUGAUGUUUCUAGUGAUAUUGAUAUACCAGAAUAUAAUGGAGUAUGUACAAGUGAACAAAAACCAAUGGGUUUAACACCAUGUCGUCGUGUUAUUGGUGCAUGGGCAUUAGGUGCAACAAAUUUUACUUAUCCAGAUGAAGCUGGUGGUUUAAUAGGUGAACCAAGAAAAUCAUCUUAUGUUAUACUUGAAGUACAUUUUAAUAAUCAAUAUUUAAAAAAAGGUAUUGUUGAUCAAUCUGGUAUACGAAUAUAUUAUACAUCAACAUUACGAAAAUAUGAUGCUGGUAUAAUGGAAGUUGGUCUUGAAUAUAAUGCAAAAAAUUCUAUUCCACCACAAACAAAUAAAUUUCGUAUAUCAGGCUAUUGUACAGGUGAAUGUACUGAAGUAACUUUACCAAAAGAUGGUAUAACAGUAUUUGCAUCACAAUUACAUACACAUCUUAAUGGUAUACAAACAUUUACACGUAUUAUAAAAACAAAUGGUGAAAUUAUUACAUUAAAUAUUGAUCGACAUUAUAGUCCACAUUUUCAAGAAAUACGUCUUUUACCUGAGCCAAUUUUAAUCAAACCUGGUGACAUGAUUUUACAUACAUGUAUUUAUAAUACACAAAUUCGAACGAAUAUGACAUUUGGAGGAUAUGGAAUAACUGAUGAAAUGUGUGUUAAUUAUAUGCAUUAUUAUCCAAGAACAAAUCUUGAAUUAUGUAAAACAAGUGUAAGAGACGAUGCACUCGAUCAAUUUUUUGAAACAAUGAAAGAGUAUGAUUAUGCUAAUACAAGUAUGAGUCAAACAGUUUAUGAAAAUUAUAGAUCAAUACGAUGGACUCCAUUAACUACAGCUAUACUUCAAGAAUUUUAUGAGAUUGCUCCAAUUCAUUUAUCGUGUAAUGGUUCUGAUGGAAAUUAUUCACCGAAAUUUGAAUGGACUCGAGAAUAUCGUCCUCAAGAACCUAAACAACGUGAUGUACCACUCGAAACAGCUGCUAAAUGCGUAUGA